AUGUCUUCUUCAUCAAAAGCUUUCCAAUGGUUAAGCCUUGUGGCCAUCAUAUGGCUUCAAUCCAUAAACGGAACAAACAUCACCUUCCCUGCUUACUCAUCCCAACUCAAGAACACUCUCUCCAUGUCCCAACUACAAAUCAACAACCUCGUCUUCGCCUCUGACGCAGGCAAACUCUUUGGUUGGUUUUCCGGCAUUGCUGCUAUUUACCUUCCCCUUUGGUUAGUCCUCAUCAUUGGCUCGCUUCUCGGCUUGAUUGGCUACGGUGUCCAAUUUCUAUUCGUAACCAACCAAAUCUCAUCUCCGGCAUAUUGGCAAAUAUUCUUGCUCACCAUGGUGGCCGGAAAUAGUGUCUGUUGGAUCAACACCGUUUGCUAUGUCGUUUGUAUUCGAAACUUUCCGUUUCACCAACAGGUUGCUGUAGGACUAACCACAAGUUACCAAGGAUUGAGUGCAAAAAUCUACACUGAUAUUGUUGGUGCUGCUUUUUCUUCUGCACCUUAUAAUACAGCCAAGGCCUAUCUUCUUCUAAUCUCUCUCCUGCCUUUACUAGUCUGUAUUGUAGUGGCACCAUUUCUGAGAGACAUUGAUGUGGGAAGAGGGGAGCCCGGAAAUAUGGCAGGAGGGUUCAAAUUAAUGUUUGUGAUAACCAUUGCCACGGGAAUCUAUGCCGUGAUCACCAGUUUAGGGUCAAUGUCUAUCGGCUUAUCGCCAUUGCAUAAUGUGAUAGGUACCGCAUUGUUCCUACUGAUCCCCUUGGUAAUCCCAACUUUGGAAAAAAUUGGAGAAAAAGUAUCAGGAAGGUGGAGCCUAGACAAAAAUACUAGAGUGCACAAUUUGAGCAUAGAUGAUCAGAAAGGCCUUGAGAGCAUAGAGAGUGGCGUAGUGAAAGAGGAAGACGAAGAGGAACAUACUACAGUGCAGGUUAAUCAUGGGAUUGGUGUUAGAGAGGAGAUUGGAGUGAAGUUGAUGGUAAAAAGGAUAGAUUUCUGGUUAUAUUUCCUAGUGUACUUUCUCAGUGCAACAAUUGGGCUUCUUUUCUUGAACAUCUUGGGACAGAUAGCAGGGUCAAGAGGCUCAUAUAGGACUUCUUCUCUGGUUUCUUUAUCUUCUUCAUUCGGGUUCUUUGGCCGUCUCAUGCCUUCACUUCUGGACUACUUCUUCUCAAGAAGCAAGUAUAUGAUUUCACGGCCUGCAUUCCUGGUGGCAUUAGCAGCACCAAUAGCAGGAGCUUUCUUCUUGCUGCUCAACCAAGCUAACAUCUCCCUUAUCAUGAGUACCGCCAUUAUAGGAGUGUGCACCGGAGCAAUUACUUGUAUUGCAGUGUCCAUAACUACAGAGCUAUUUGGGACAAAAAAUUUCUCAAUAAAUCACAAUGUGGUGGUUGCAAAUAUCUCAAUCGGCUCGUUUGUUUUUGGCUACUCAUCUGCUCUUCUUUAUCGCAAGGAAGAAAAUGAAGAUGGUAGCUGCUUGGGAACGGCUUGUUACAGAAACACCUUCAUUAUCUGGGGUAGUCUUUGUUCGUUGGGGACUGUUCUAGCCUUGAUGCUAUAUGCAAGAACAAGAAAGUUCUACUCCAAAAAUUCAUAG